UCUAAAUAAGAAAAAAACUAGAUGAGGAAACUGAAGCAAACAUGGUUGAGUGACUUGCCUGGGUCACAUGACAAGUAAAUAUCUGAGGCUCUAUCUAAGGCUCUGCCUUAUCUAGGGACUAUAUUUUCCCUGUGCAAGGAUUAUGAUACUUUUUAAUUUUCUCUGAUAAAAAUGACUCAAAGAAGAGUACAGAAAAUAGAUUUAUUUUCUUCUAAAAUAGAGAAAGGCAAAAAUGAACGAGGGCGCUGUACUCAUAUUUUCUUUGAUUUAGACAAGGAGGAAAAGGAACCAAAUGUUGCUAUUACUGAAAAUGCUGAAGGAGAUGCAGCCCACAAAUAUGGAUGGAUUGAAACUGGACGAGAACCAUCUGAAGUCAAGACAGAAAGCAUCAUAGUCCUUGAGGCAUCAGAGAAAAGGAAGAAAAAUUUUACAGAUUCAGUCACUUUUCAGGAAGAAGUUGGAGAUAUCACAGUUAUGAAAGGAGAAGGAAAAAAUUAUAAAACUGCAACAAUAUCAGGACUCUGGAUCACUAGAGAACUGGAAUUUGUUGUUGUGGAAUUGAAAAAAUUAAUAGAAGAAGAAGAUCUGAAAAGUACAAAAAAACUCCAAGCUAUCUAUGACAAGACUAACAACUUAAAAGACAAACUUACAAAAUGUAUGAAUAUAUCUGAAGUGAAUAUGGAACACCAACCUGAUGAUAAAGACAAAGAAAUAUUUUCACCAGGGCAAAUCAAACAGGAACCUAAUCAGACUGAUCAAAAAUUAUCACCAGAGCAAAUACAACAGAAACCCAAUGAGAUAAAGGAUCAAAUUGUUUUAGAAUGGGGAAAAUUAGAAGACCAACCUGAAAAGAAUGAGAAAGGAGAAUUAUUACUAGGACAAUUUAAAAUAAAGCCUAAAGAGAUAAAAAAUGAAGAUAUAUCACCAGGGCAAUUAUUAGCCCCAGGGGAUUUCAUUUCAGAUAUCAGAAUUGAAAAAAAAGAACAAGGAGAAGAAUCUCUAGUAGAGGAAGAGAUUAGCAGUGACAGACCUACAGAGGAAAAGGCUCCAAGGAGGUUUUCCUGGUUCCGCAACAUCCAAGGAUACAAUUGGCGAAACUUCUUUUAUUUUAAAAGACAUGAUGAACAAAUAAAGAAUGUUUACAAGCAGGAAAAAACUGAUCUAAAAAUAUUGGAUGAUGCCUCUGCUCCUUUUGGUACCCCAAAGCCAUUGGUGUCAGAGUGGACAAUAAACCAAGUUGGUCUUUGGUUAGCAAGCAUUGGAAUGAAAAAAUAUUCCCUGAGAUUUGAUUAUAAUAGAAUAAAUGGCCUAGAACUCCUUGAACUGGAUAACGAUGAGCUAAAAUAUAUUGGUAUUGAGAAGAGAGAAGAUCGGAUGAAAAUACUUUAUGGUAUUAAGAAAAUUCAAAAGACAGAAAAAGAAUUAAUACACUUUAACAAUGAAAUUUAUCGAAAGAAGAGACAACACCUGAAAGAAAUGGCUAAAAGAGAAAAAUGUGAUUAGUUCUGUAAUAUUUACUUUUAAUCAUUUCACUUCUACAUAAUAUCAUUUUGGGAGAGAAUAAUUUUGCCUAGGUUAAAAAUUGUUAGUAUCAUACACACAACACGUAUUACACAUACUAUACUGUGUUUCUGAAUAAAUUGAUUAGAAUAUAAGAA